CCCUCGUUAGACCGCCCGCCUCAGCGCCCGUCCCGGCAGCUGCCGGAGCGGAUAUUGUAGGAGACUCUGUGACUCGGCAUGGCCGCACCCGGGGCCAGUGUGGUCUCCAGACAGCGGGGCACAGAGACCACAGCGUGCUGGUGGGGCAGGACCCCAGCCUUGACGGCCCAGGUGGAAGCCAAGCAGGAGCACGAGGGGGCCGUGCGGCUGCUAGAGGACAAGGUGCGGGAGCUGGAGCAGCAGUGCUGGGAGCAGAGCCAGCAGUUCCGCCUGCUGUCGCGGGGUCUGGAGCAGUUCUGGCAGCACGCCGGCCACGUCCACCAGCCGGGCGGCCCCUUGGUCCCCGGCAAGUCCCUCCCGCCCCUCAUGAACGGGCUGGCCGCCUCCCUGGGCAGAGGGCCCGAGAGCACCGUCGCCAGCCGCACUGGGAUCCGUGACUUCCUCCGGCCGCUGGAGCCGCUGUCCCUCAAGCCCUCCUGCCUGCCCAGACCCACCAGCCCAGGAUGCAGAUCGGAAGCAGAUAUGGACGGUGAGCGGAGCGCCAGCCCCUCCAAGCAGAGAUACUCGGGGAAGGUGCGCCUGUGUGUGGCCCGCUACAGUUACAACCCCUUCGACGGCCCCAAUGAGAACCCCGAGGCUGAGCUGCCCCUGGCGGCGGGGAAGUAUCUGUACGUCUACGGGGACAUGGACGAGGACGGCUUCUACGAAGGGGAGCUGCUGGACGGACAGCGGGGCCUGGUGCCCUCAAACUUCGUGGACUUCGCGCAGGACCCCGAGUCCCGCCCGGCCGGCACGCCGGGCGGAGGAGGGCAGGACCCGGGCCCGGAGCCCACGCUCCCCGGCCCGCCGUCCCCGCCGCCCCCCGAGCCCGACGCGGCGCCGGAUUCGGAGCCGGCAGAGGACGGGGAGGACUCGGUGCCGUACCCCCGCGGCAUCACGCUCAUCAAGCAGCUGGCCAAGAGCGCGAUCGUGGGCUGGGAGGCGCCCGCGCUGCCGCCCGGCACCAGCCUGAGCGGCUACGUCGUGCUGGUGGACCAGGAGCCGCGCCUGAGCCUGGCGCCCGGGGGUCGGCCCAAAGCGCUGCUGGAGAAGCUGGACGUGGCGGCCCGCACGCACCGCGUGUCCGUGCAGUGCCUGAGCAGCCGAGGCGCCUCGGACCCCAUGCGCUGCACGCUGCAGGUGGGCCGCGACGUGGCGGUGGCGCCGUCACAGCUGCGCGUGGACCGGGUCACUCCGAGCUCGGCGCUCCUGCUGUGGCAGCCGGCCGACAGCAACUACCGGCACGCGGUGUUCCUGGGCGAGCAGGAGCUGGGCGAGGCGCGCGCCGCCCAAUACACCUUCGCGCUGCGUGAGCUGCGGCCCGGCACCGCCUACCACGUGCGCCUGCUCGCGCGCCCCCACCACACGCCCUGGCAGCUGCCGCUCGAGCAGAGGGAGCGCAGGGAGGCCGGCCUGGACUUCCGCACGCUGCCCACAGGUCCUCCGGAUCCUCCUCGAGACAUCAUGGUCCUCGCAGGGCCCACCCCCAGCAAUGUGCUGGUGUCCUGGAAGCCACCCACCCUGACUGCCACCGGCCUGUCCAAUGGGGCCGCCGUCACGGGUUACGGCGUGUAUGCAAAGGACCAGCGGGUGGCGGAGCUGCUGGAGCCCACGGGCAGCAGUGUGACGGUGGAGCUUCCGCACUUGCGCAGCCUGGAGGCUACUGCGCUGACGGUCCGCACGCUGUGGGCGGGGGGCGAGUCGGAGGAUGCUUCGGCCGCUGUCAUCCUGCCGCACCUGCUGGCGCCCCCGGCCACCCCCGCCGAGCCCCGGGCCGACGUCUGGGAGCCUGGCCGGGCCGCCGCCACCCUGGGGCGCACGCUGGAACCCCCCGAUCCCGGGCCUGGCCGCCGCUCCCCCUCUCCCAGCCGCAUCCUCCCGCAGCCGCAGGGUGCGCCCGUGUCCUCCUCCGUGGCCAAGGCCAUGGCCCGUGAGGCCGCGCAGAGGGUGGCAGACAGCAGCCGGCUAGAGAAAAGGAGCGUAUUCUUGGAGCGGGGUUCCGGGCACUAUGUCAACUCCGAUGAGGAGGACGCCUGUGAGUCCCCGGACGUGCAGAGGAGGGCCGUGUCGGUGGAUGACUUCCUCAAGGGCUCGGAGCUCGGCAAGCAGCACUGUUGCCACGGAGACGAGUACCACACGGAGAGCAGCCGGGGCUCCGACCUGUCGGACAUCAUGGAGGAGGAUGAAGAGGAGCUGUACUCGGAGAUGCAGCUGGAGGACGGGCGGCGCAGGCCCAGUGGCACGUCCCACAACGCCCUCAAGGAUGGCACAACCCCGCAGGGUCCCCGCAGCCCCCGGCUGUGCAGUAUCCCUGAGGUGGCCAAGGAGGACGGGGAGCCCUGGCGCGGACGGGCGGGGGGCCCCUCCCGGGCUCACGCCCCCAGGCCCGCCCAGCCCCACUGGGGAGACACCCCCCCGGAGGAGCGGGGCUGCCGCCUAUGCCGCUGGGCCACCCGGAGCCCCGACAGCGGCCUGGACUGUGGCAGCGAGGAGGAGGAGCUGCAUCUGAGCCUGCGCCCGCCCGCAGCUCCCAGGGGGCCCGGCCCCCGCUGUGCCUGCCCCGGCUCCGGCCCUGGGCUCCUCGGGCCCCCGAGGCCCCCGCCAGGGCGCGGGCCGCUCAGACGGCAGGACGGCAUCCUGGAGGACGCGGUGCGGCCCGAGGCGCGUGGGGGGCGCCUGCAGCAGCCGCGAGAGGCGCCCAGGAGCCCGGCCGGGCCCCCGAUCCUGGGGAACCCCGCAUCCACGGGCAGGGCCGACAGGGCAGACGGGGGCCACAGGCUCUCCCACGGCAUGGGCCCCCCGAGGCCCCGGGCAGCCAUGGUCCCCGCCAUUGACGACUACGGGCAGGACCGGCUGUCUCCCGAGCCUUACGAGGAGUCGGAGACGGACCCCGGGGCGGACGACCUCCCAGCCCGCGUCUUCGUGGCUCUGUUUGACUAUGACCCGCUCACCAUGUCGCCGAACCCCGACGCGGCAGAGGAAGAGCUGCCCUUCAAAGAGGGCCAGAUCAUCAAGGUCUACGGUGACAAGGACGCGGACGGCUUCUACCGCGGCGAGACCUGUGCCCGGCUGGGCCUGAUCCCCUGCAACAUGGUGUCCGAGAUCCGGGCGGAGGACGAGGAGAUGGUGGCGCAGCUGCUCAGACAGGGCUUCCUGCCGCUCAGCACGCCCGUGGAGAAGACAGAGAGAAGCAGGAGGACUGGUCGCAGGCCCUCGCCGUCCACGCGGAGGAUGGUGGCCCUCUACGACUACGACCCAAGGGAGAGCUCCCCCAAUGUGGACGUCGAGGCCGAGUUGACCUUCUGCACAGGAGACAUCAUCACCGUUUUUGGUGACAUUGACGAGGAUGGGUUUUAUUACGGGGAGCUCAAUGGGCAGAAAGGCCUCGUGCCUUCCAACUUCCUAGAGGAAGUUCCGGAUGACGUGCAGGUCUACCUGUCGGACGCGCCCAUGCGGCCCAAGGCGAAGCGGGUUCCUCCUGAGGGUUCAGGUACAGCGAGGAGAGCGCCGUCCCCCACAGCCCAUCUCCAUUCGGGGUCUCCUCCGUCAUCUAAGGGUACUGGUAGUCCUGGGAGAGGCAGGGAAAUGUCCUCGAGAAAGAAAAAGGGGCUGCUUUCCAAAGGCAAGAAACUGCUGAAAAAGCUGGGUGCGGUGAAAUGACCCCUGCACUGCUGGACAGCCUCCAACCCGUGAUCUCUCUCGUUCCAAACUAGGGCCUUCCUGACUCACCCACUUCCUAAAACACCCACCUCCUCCCCGACACCACAGAGAAACGCACUUUCCCUCUGCCCACUGCACCCGGCCACGGACCGAGCUGUGCCCCCGGGCCCGAGGGCAGCCAGGAGGCGGGUGUGCCUCCCGUGCACCUGUCCUCUGCCCUCGGGGGCGACCGCAGCCUUGGCCCUCCUCAGUGCAGUGUUUGCCUCCCAUGGCGCCUAGCUCCCACUAACUCCGGUCCCGACAUCCUAGUCUAACCUCUGCCUUGAUGUCCUGCCUUAUUGGUGCACUCGGUCCACGCUCUCCAAAGCCGCUGUGUGCUCUGUGCAUGUCGUGUGUCCAGCGCUCCCCGCCUCACACACAGUACCAGGCCACACACAGAGCACAGCAGAGGGCUGAGGAGAGGACUCGGAGCACCUCUCCUUCAGCCUACGGGGAAGCUGGCUGCAUCCGUUGCUCUUAGCGUCACGUUGGGUGGCACGUGGAUCCACGUCACCUUCAUUACUUGCCAAAAUGCCCCCGACACUCAGUGAGCAGCACACGCGCAGACAGAGCCGCACGCCGUCAGCCCCGACACCUCGGCCCCGAGUCUGCUCAGAACAGCCCAUGAGUCCCCGUCAGAGUUGCUGCCAGACGUGUUCGAUGCUUUUCUCUUUUGUAAUUCUUGUUCUCUUAUUGUGAAUUGUUUUUACUCUUUUUACAUACUUUUCCGACUGCCUUUCUUUUGUAAUUUAUGGCGAUUUAUAAAUGGACGACAAAGUUUUCCCCACUGUGUCUUCAAAACCUGCACUGUAAACGUGACAGAGUGAGUGUGUGUAACUUUAUUAAAGGAAGACUGCUCAGUGUGGCUCAGACUGUGGGCGUGUGCAUGUGUACGGUUAAGCUCUUUUACAGAAAUAAAACGUUAUUUUAUACAGUG